CCCGGACGGGCCUCCGGGGUUAAGUGGAGUUUGAACUAAGGAAUUAAAUCGUGAUAAUGCCGUGCAGUGAAGACGAUGAUUCCCAAAGUGGUUUCAUGUCUGAGCCUACUCCGGGCCAGAGGCUCUCAAAAGCUGAAUUGCGGAAGACGAACAAACCAAUUAUGGAGAAAAAACGGCGCGCGCGCAUCAACAAUUGUCUCAACGAGUUGAAAGAUUUACUCAUGGAUGCUACGGACAAAGACCCAGCACGUCACUCGAAGCUAGAAAAAGCGGAUAUCCUCGAACUAACAGUGAAACAUCUUCAAACUCUUCAAAGACAGCAGCUAGCGGCAGCCAUCGCCGCAGACCCGGCAGUUUUACACCGAUUCAAGGCUGGCUUCGGAGACUGUGCCGUCGAAGUCAGGAGAUACCUCUCAAGACUUGCUAGCGUACCAACCGGCUUGAGGUACCGCCUCGGAAACCACUUGACCUCUUGCAUAUCUGGCAUAGAACGCUUAAACCCUGAAUAUCCCCCGUUAGUACCAGAUCCUCUACGCUUAGAUGACGAAAGACCAAGCGCUUUCCAUUAUGUUAAAGCAACAAGACCAACUAGUCCUCCCUUAAGCCCGUUGUCAUGUGACUCAGCCUGUGAUUCCUCAACUGAAUUGGAGACUCCUCCUCGACCUGUACAAAAUUUCCCUUUCCCUACACCUCCAAGCCGUUCUGCGUCAGAUCAAGACUCAAGCCCAGAACAGAAGGCCACCGUAUCCUCAACAACAAUUUCACCAGAAACCUUAAAGCAGGAAGCGUUAAGAAACAAGAAGUUCAUGGAACCGUUAUCAAUAGUCAUAGAUGUAGAGAACUACAAAAUUGGAAUCGAUGCAUCACCUAAAAGAGCAAUAGAUUACUCAAUACGACAGAAAUUAAAACGACAUUCCGAAACCACGGGUCCGAUACCAAAACUAAUCAGGCUUGAUACUGAGAAACCUAUUAUAGCGCCAAAGUUAAUUGAGAAACCCAGUUUAGUCCCAAAUUUAAUUGGUUUUGAUACAGAAAAAACGGUGAUACCAGAAAGAAUAGCUUCAAAUAGAUUAAAAAUUGUUACCGACAAGUUGGAAGGUAGUCAAGUCUUAUUAGAAAAAUCUUCAGCGUUCAUGAAGGUAGAAAGUGUGCCAAGUUAUCCUGAAAGAAAAUUAACCCUUCCUGAAAGUAUACCAGCGGUUGCAGAAAGACAUUUCGCAGUUAACGUAGAUAAAAAGCCCGUAAUAGUGCCUAGAAGUGUGAUAAGUCACACAGCUGAGUCUUUGGCUCAAUCGAGUUUUCAAACUCCUCGAAAAGUUGAAGAAACGAAGGAAAAAGCUGAAGCGGAUACAAGUUCAAAGUCACCACAGCAGAGUACGUCGAGCUCUGAAAUGUGGAGACCUUGGUGAAACCAAAUUAGACUAACUCUGGGAUAUGAUAUUAUUUACCUUUUUAUUGUUAAAUUGGGGAAAAUCUUCUUAAAAUACCCGAUGUCCUGGGACAGAUCGGGCUAAGUAGGAUUUUUACCUAUUAAAAUGUCUUCGGUGCAUAUUGGGAGGCUCCGAGAUCUCAACAUCAAUACAUCGGUGACCCCCAUAGGGUUGCUACAGGAUUUGUCUUCCAGUAUAUUUAACGGAUAUGUCCGUUAUAAAGUGCCUUAGGAAGAGAUGUGAAUAGAACCGUAAUUAAGAAAUAGUAUGUUGUACCUACGUUAACUAAGAGGAAAACAUGGUAACAUGGAAAUUCGAUGGGUAAAAAGAUUAGUCUAUGGCUCACUGACUUUGUGAAAUUGUUGAUAUAUUUUUUUUGUUUA